AUGGGGGAAACGUUUCACUCCAGGAAAAACAUGCUGAUUUCCCAUCAGAGAAUUCACCAGGCAGGGGCAGCGGGGGCAUAUAAAUGCUUGGAGUGUGGAAAGAACUGGCACCAAAACUGCAGCAAAAAAGAACCCUCGGUGCUUCCUCCACCACCUUGUUCCUGUGGUGACGGGAAAGGAGCUGCCAUGCAGCCAGCUCAGAGAAUUCACACAGUUGAGGAACUGUAUAAAUGCCUGCAGUGUGGAAAAGGCUUCAGUCAGAGAGGACACCUUACUUCCCACCAAAGAAUUCACACAGGAGAGAAACCGUAUGAAUGCAUGGAGUGUGGAAAAUGCUUCAGUUGGAGUUCACAUCUUAUUUCCCAUCAAAGCAGUCACACAGGAAAGAAACCAUAUAAAUGCUUGGAGUGUGGGAAAAGCUACCUACAGAGUUCAUCUCUUACUUACCACCAAAGAAUUCACACAGGUGAAAAACCAUAUAAAUGCAUAGAGUGUGGAAAAAACUUCAGUCAGAGAUCAACCCUUACCUCCCAUCAAAAAAUUCACACGGGGGAGAAAAAAUAUAAAUGUCUCGAGUGUGGGAAAAGUUUCUGUUUCAGUGGAAGCCUUACAACCCAUCAAAGAAUUCACACAGGGGAGAAACCCUAUAAAUGCAUGGAGUGUGGAAGAAGCUUCAGUCUCAGUGCAAGUCUUACUACCCAUCAAAUGAUUCAUACAGGGGAGAAGAAACAUAAAUGCCUUGAGUGUGGAAAAAGCUUCAUUAAGAGUAGUGGACUUACUUCACAUCAAAGAAUUCACACAGGGGAAAAACCAUUUCAAUGCCUGGAGUGUGGGAAAAGCUUCCAUCAGGGUUCAUACCUUACUUCCCACCAAAGAAUUCACACAGGGAAGAAACCACAUAAAUGCCUUGACUGUGGGAAAAGCUUCGGUCAACGUGGAAGCCUUAGUUGCCAUCAAAGAAUUCACACAAGGGAUAAACCAUAUAAAUGCCCAGAAUGUGGGAAAAGCUUUAAUCAGAUAUCACACCUUACUUCCCAUCUUGUAAUCCACACAGGGGAGAAGCCAUAUAAAUGCCUGGAGUGUGGGAAAAGCUUCUGUCAGAGUGGAAACCUUAUUGUCCAUCAAAGAAUCCACACAGGGGAGAAGCCAUAUAAAUGCCUGAAGUGUGGAAAAAGGUUCAUUCAGGGUGGGACACUUACUAUCCAUCAGAGAAUCCACACAGAGGAGAAGCCAUAUAAAUGCCUGGAGUGUGGGAAAAGCUUCCAUCAGAGUGGAAAACUUACUGUCCAUCAAAGAACCCACAUGGGGGAGAAGCCAUAUAAAUGCCUGGAGUGUGGAAAAAGCUUCCAUCAGCGUGAAAUACUUACAGUCCAUCAGAGAACCCACACAGGAGAGAAGCCAUAUAAAUGCCUGGAGUGUGGAAAAAGCUUCCAUCAGAAUGGAAAACUUAUUGUCCAUCAAAGAAUCCACACAGGGGAGAAGCCAUAUAAAUGCCUGGAGUGUGGGAAAAGCUUUAUUCAGUGUGGAAAACUUACUGUCCAUCAAAGAACCCACACAGGGGAGAAGCCAUAUAAAUGCCUAGAGUGUGGGAAAAUCUUCCAUCACAGUGAAAAUCUUACUGUCCAUCAAAGAAAAUAUACGGGAGAAACUAUAUAA